CCGGACACCGGAGCGGAAGCUGCGGCCUGAGCCACGCAGGAAGCCGGGACCGGAACCUCGGCAGGCCCGACUCCACCCCACUCACCUGCGCAGGUAACUUGGGCGGAGGAGAGCAAGGCAGAGGCGGAGCGAGUCCAGAGCAUGUUUGGCCCUUUGUUCUGCGCUCCUGCGUGUGUCUGGGCCACAAGCACCUUCGGAGCCCAGAGGCCCUCAGUGUGAAGGUUACCCCGAGGGGAGGAGGGCGACGGUCCCUGGGAGGACGAUGGCCGAGGGCCGCCUCUCCCAGGCCAGCAUUCCAGCGGUCGCCGUGUGGCUUCUCUUCGGGGUCUGCCUCCUGCGCACCGAAGCGGGGCAGCCGCGGGUGACCCCUGAUCUGCCCACCGCGGAUAACUGCCUGAACAGCUUUACUCCCGGAGUGCCUGCCUUCGUCCUCGACACCGACGCCUCGGUCAGAAACGGGGCCACGUUCCUGCGCUCCCUCACCUUGCGCCGCGGCCGGGACUGCGUGCACGCCUGCUGCAGCUCCAGCGACUGCAAUCUGGCGCUGGUGGAGUUGAAGCCCGACGGUGGGGAGGACGCCAUCGCCUCCUGCUUCCUCAUCAACUGCCUCUAUGAGCAGAACUUCGUGUGCAAGUUCGCGCCCAGGGAGGGCUUCAUCAACUACCUCAGGCGGGAGGUUUACCGCUCCUACCGCGAGCUGCGGACCCAGGGCUUUGGAGGGUCCCGGAUCCCCAAGGCCUGGGACGGCAUAGACUUGAAGGUACAGCCCCAGGAACCCCUGGUGCUGAAGGGUGUGGAGGACACAGAUUGGCACCUACUGCAGGGUGAUACAGACGUCAGGGUGGAGAGGAAUGAACCGGAUCAGGUGGAGCUAUGGGGACUGAAGGAAGGCAGCUACCUGUUCCAGCUGACAGUGGCCGGUUCAGAUGAGCCAGAUAGCACAUCCAACAUCACGGUCACUGUGCUGUCUCCCAAGCAGACAGAAGAAUAUUGCCUCGCAUCCCGCAAGGUGGGCCGCUGCCGUGGUUCCUUCCCCCGCUGGUACUACGACCCCACAGAACAGAUCUGCAAGAGUUUCGUUUAUGGAGGUUGCUUGGGCAACAAAAACAACUACCUUCGAGAAGAAGAGUGCAAGCUCACCUGCCAAGACGUGCAAGGUGGGCCUUUGCGAAGCAGUGUUAGGGCUCAGGUGACAUUCCCCCAGGGUAGGUGUUCUUUCCUCACAGGUCGGGAAGGUGGGCGUGGGAGUGCCUGUGCCCAGGUUCCCCAUCAGCUCGUCCCUGGGGGGGCCUGGCCCUGCCUCCUCUCAUUCUUCUGUCGUUCUCUCCUAGGCCCCUCGAUUGAAAGGCACCAUCCAGUGUGCUCUGGUACCUGUCACCCCAGCAUGUUCCGCUGCAGGGAUGGCUGCUGCAUCGACAGCUUCCUGGAAUGUGACGACACACCCGACUGCCCCGAUGCCUCCGACGAGGCCACCUGUGAAAAAUAUACCAAGGGAUUUGAUAAACUCCAGAGGAUCCACUUCCCCAGGGACAAAGGCCACUGCGUGGAUCUGCCAGACACCGGCCACUGCUUGGAGAGCAUCCCUCGGUGGUACUACAACCCCUUCACUGAACGCUGUGCCCGCUUUACCUACGGUGGAUGUUAUGGCAACAAGAACAACUUUGAGGAGGAGGAGCAGUGCCUGGAGUCCUGUCGUGGCAUCUCCAAGAAGGAUGUGUUUGGUCUACGGCGGGAAAGCCCCAUUCCCAACGCAGGCUCUGUAGAGGUGGCCAUUGCCGUGCUCCUGGGCACCUGCAUUGUGGUCAUGGUGGCCAUCCUGGGUUACUGUUUCUUCAAGAGCCAGAGAAAGAGCUUCCACAGACACCACCACCGCCACCCCCCACCCCCUACCCCGACCAGUUCCAAGGUCUCCACCACCGAGGACAUGGAGCACCUGGUCUAUUACCAAACAACCCGCCCCCUCUGAGCCUGGGGCUGCCUUGGCCCUCGGGCCUGGGGCUCUGGAGAGCUCUGGCCAGCUCUCACCUGGCCCUGCUUCCUUCUUGCCAAGAUGGAGGUCUGGGCAAGACUUUGGGACCAGACUCCUCCCGCCUGUUUCCCAGGCCCAUUCUACCUCCAAGGCCAGGCCUCCAGCCCCUCUCUGAGGUCGCUCAGCUAAGCUCAGGCCACUGGUUCCUGAGAAAGAGCAGAAAACCUUUGAGCUAGAGGUUCCACACCCAGUUGGACCUGUCUGCCUAGGAUUUCAGAAGAAGUUGGAGUUUUGCUUUUGGUUCAGCGCUGCCCGCCCCCACCCCUUGACCUUGGGAAGGGGCCCAGGGCACAUCCGAAGCUGGGGCCACGACCCUGUCUUCCAGAACCACCCCUCCCACUCUGCACAGUCCAGGGCUGGGGGAAGAACUUCCCUGUAUAGUUUGUGUUGUACAGAGUUACUUUUUGUUUAUUUAAUGCCGUGGGGGUGGGCAAGAGGAGUGACAAGUGGCUCUCUGGCCCCUGCUUCCUCUUCCCCCUCCCCCGAGAGUGAACCCCAGCCCUGCCUGGCCCGGCACACAGAGCCAGAGCCUCCACCGCCCAGGGCUCUCCAGCAUCACCCUCCCACCUGCUCCCCUACCUCCCACAGGCCCAGUCCACCCACCGUGUAAUAAAAUGAUUUGUUCUUUCA